UACAUUUAUUGCUUGACGAUUGAACUUGAAGCCUUGUAUAUUUUGAAUGACAAAAAUUGUCAAUUUUAACGGAAAGCAAUGGAAAGUUCCGACCAGUUGACUGCGAUAGCAUCAAGCCACAAAAUAUGGAAGCGUCUCAUCGGAAAAGAAGAAGCUACUGAAGUUUGUAGCUACAUCAAAGAAACAAACCUCUAUCAGAUAAUAAUGAAUCCAGAAACUCUCAACGAGGAAAUGAACACGCCCUUUGUCCCAAAUGCACCACCAGCUCCUAAUGCACCACCGGCUCUAAAGGCACCACCGGCUCCAAAGGCACCACGAGCUUCAAAAGCACCACCAGCUCCUAAUGCACCACCGGCUCCUAAUGCACCAUCGGCUCCUAAUGCACCACCGGCUCCAAAGGCACCACCGGCUCCAAAGGCACCACCGGCUCCAAAAGCACCACCAGCUCCAAAAGCACCACCGGCUCCUAAUGCACCACCAAUUUCACCGGCUCCAAAUGCACCGAUAGCUCCUAAUGUGACAUCAACUGAUGCAACGGACUUACAAAGUGAAAUCCCAAAGAUGUCCAAGAUUCAUUGGAGAAAACUUUCCAAAGAUAGGAAUGCCCAAUGCAUGAUCAAUCAAAAAUUUAAAAGAUUUCCGAAAGGGGUCAUGGAGGUUCAUAAGACAUUUUGGCAGGGACUCCCACAAAUUGAUAUAGAAGAGCACCAAAGUUUUCUUUCGACAAGUUUUGCAGAAAAGGCUGCGUCAAAAUCAAUUAAAAAAGUACCCGAAAAGGAAAGCGACCAUAGGGACAUGAUAAGAAUAUUGAAUGGAGACGACCAAAGAGCCAUAGGCAUAAUGAGAAAGAAAAUGGUUAACGUCUCAUCAAAAAAGAUACAAGAUUGGAUGUCCAAAUUUCCUCUGAAAAAUUUUUUUAAGAAAAUGGGAAACCAACUUGAAUUUCUUGUAGAGAUGGUCAAAAUUGCUGAAAGUGACAAGAAGGGUAGAAAUUAUAUGCCACAGCUACUGGACAAACAACUUGACUCUUCUAAAUUGAGUUCUGAGGAAGAUAUGUAUCUGUAUCAGCUACACCAGAUACCAAACUUUACCACAUACAUGCAGAUCGUCAGAAUGUAUCAAGAUCUUGUGGUUGAAAAGGAGGAGAAAUAUCUUGAUUACCUCAAAAAUGUGGUUACGGCAUGUGCAGAAAUAAGAACAUCUCGAUCUUUAAAAGAGCUCAUAUCAUGCAUCGUGCAAGUAGGAAAGUUCCUUAAUUCAGAGAAAGAUUUCCCAGGCUUUGACAUGAGCCAAACUCCUCUAGAAUACAUAACCAAUUUUAAAGACAAAACUGAAGAAUCUACAUCGAUUGGACUUCAUUCUCUUAACAUACUUGAGAAGGUAAAUCCGGGCAAAAAUUAUGCAAAAUUACUCAACUCAGAGAUGGAAACAGUAUUUGGCUUAGCGAUACCAAAUUCAUUAAAAGCAGAUUAUGUUUGUAAUGAUCUGAUAAAGUGGGAUGGGCAAAUAAAAAAGAUUGUUGAUAUUAUACAGAACAUACAGUCCAACAGUGAGGCAGCUAUAUCAAUAGCAGUCCUAAACUGUGCCAUUGAUGUCAUCGCUAAAAAACGUAGCACCAUACAAAUGAUUUCCGAGAAAGUUGCAAAUGUUUUCUUUGAGACCAUGAUUUAUAUGGGUCUUAAUCCAGUGAGUUAUGAAAAAGGCCAAGAAAAGCCAAAGUUGCCCUCAACUUCCCUUUUUUCGCCCAUCAGUAUAUUCAUAGAGCACCUACUUAAAGAUAAAUAACUCCAAAUCAAAGAGCUUAAGAAGAAAUCUGUAACUAAGGGAAGAUUAAGGAUAAAAUCAAAGCAUUUCAGUACGAAAACCGUCAAAAAGAGAAA